UGAGGCAUGAUUUUGGGAACAUAGCUAAUUUAUGUAACUAUCAAUAACACGGACGGUUAAGAUCAUAGGACCAUCUUAGAAUGUGGGCCCCAGUUGGGCGAUACAUGGCGGAAAAUUGAGUCGCGGCGGAGACAAAACGAACUCGUGCUAGCAGCGACCUUUAUCUCUUUAUCUUUUUUCUUAUCUCAUUAAGAAAAGAAAAGAAAAGAAUAGAAAAGAAAUCAUUAACGGGCCGAAUUCCUAUCUUAAACAUAUCUCAAUGCAAUUUCUGGUAAUAUUUAUUCCUCUCUCUUUGAUACUCUGUUUUUGUGCUCUGUUCCAGCUUAGAUCUUCUUCAGAUCCAUAUCUCAUAAUCUUGGAUCACACAAUUUUCAUCAUUUCUUCUUUUUCUGGAUUCAAUACCCAAAUGAAUUCUGUCUCCCAAUUCUCAUCAAUUUUGCAUUGUUUCCAGUUGCAGAAACUCUAACCCUAUCCCUAGUAUUCAACACAAGAACAGAAAACUAAUGGCUGUUUUUUUUUUAAAAUAAAAAUUAAUUAAUUCUUCCCUCACUUCAAUUCAAAACCUAAUUGAAAGUCAUUUCCUGUUCACAUCAAUUUUAUUUUAUUUUAAUUUAUUUUUGUCGAAGAAACUCUAACCCUAACCUGAGAAAUUAUACCAUGAAAUAUCAACAACCAAUUUCCCUGAUUUCUUUUUUAUUUUCUUCUUGAUUACUGCCUCGUACUCAAUUCCCACAUGAGAAGCCAUUUCCCAAUUUCAUCAACUAUACAUUUUUAGUUGCGGAAACCCUAACCGUAGAUUUUAAAAUCAAUGAAAAAUCUGGUAUCAAUUUUGUUGAAUUCUUCACUUAUUGUCUCCUAUGCAUGUGCACAUGAAACCCAUUUUGUAAUUUCAUCGGAGUCGCAUUUUUAGUUGCAGAAAACCUAACCAUAAUUGUAGAAUUUCACACGAGAGAGUGGAGAUUGAUGGCAAUCCUUUUCAGUGAAUUCAUCCCUCACUGCCUUACAUUCAGUAGCCACAUGAAACCCAUUUCUCCGUCUCAUCAAUUUUGCAUUUUUAGUUGCAGAAACCCUAAUCAUAAUCCUAGAAACCCACCUAGGGUUAGGGUUUCUGAUGAAAAUAGUGGGGCCCAAUCGAAAUCUCUUGAUUUCCAAGAGACCCAUUUUAUGAAACUCCUCAACAGAUCAUGCAGAGCAGGAAAAUACAAUGAAGCACUGUAUUUCCUUGAAUCCAUGGUAAGCAAGGGCUACAGACCAGAUGUGAUCCUCUGCACAAAGCUUAUAAAAGGGUUCUUCAAUUCAAGAAAAGUUGAGAAGGCUGUUCGGGUCAUGGAAAUUCUAGAAUCAUAUGGAAAACCGGACAUCUUCGCUUACAACGCAUUGAUCAGCGGGUUUUGUAAGGCAAAUCGGAUUGAGGCUGCAACUAAGGUUUUAGACCAGCUGAGAACCCGAGGCUGUUCGCCUGACGUCGUUACCUAUAAUAUACUGAUAGGGAGUCUUUGUGGUAGAGGGAAAUUGUGGUUGGCUUUGAAGGUUUUGGAUCAGUUGUUGGAAGAUAAUUGCCGCCCUACUGUGGUUACGUACACAAUUCUAAUAGAGGCGACGAUCAGUGAAGGUGGGAUUGAUACUGCGAUGAAGCUUUUAGAAGAGAUGUCAUCGAAAGGGCUCCGUCCAGAUAUGUAUACUUACAAUGUGAUCAUCAGAGGGAUGUGCAAGGAAGGGAUGGUGGACCAUGCUUAUGAAUUCAUUAAGGGCUUGCCGUCGAGAGGGUAUGACCCUGAUGUGAUCUCGUACAAUAUCCUGCUACGGGCGCUACUGAAUCGACGAAGAUGGGAGGAUGGAGAGAGAUUGAUGGAUGAGAUGAUCUCGAGAGGUUGCAUGCCAAAUGUUGUCACUUACAGCAUCUUGAUCAACUCGCUUUGUCAAGAAGGGAAGGUCGAUAGGGCAGUUGGGGUCUUGAAGGACAUGAUGUCGAGGGGACUGGCACCUGAUAAUUAUAGUUACGAUCCAUUGAUUUCUGCAUUCUGUAAAGAGGGGAGGCUGGAUGUGGCAAUUGGGUUCAUCGAUUACAUGAUCUCGAACGGGUGCAUCCCGGACAUUGUAAACUACAACACGAUCUUGGCAGCACUCUGUAAGAGUGGGAAUGCCCAUCAGGCAUUGGAAAUCUUUUAUAAACUUGGAAGAACAGGUUGUUCUCCGAAUGUGAGUACUUACAACACAAUGAUCAGCGGGCUGUGGAACAGUGGCAACAGAUUGAGAGCUUUAGAGAUGGUGUCAGAGAUGAUGGACAAAGGGAUCGAGCCCGAUGAAAUCACCUACAAUGCGCUGAUAUCGUGUUUGUGUAGGGAUGGGAUGGUGGAUGAAGCGAUGGGGUUGAUGCAAGACAUGGAGAGCAACGGGCAUCAGCCAACAGCCAUCACUUACAACACUGUGCUACUUGGGUUGUGCAAGGCACACAGGAUCGACACGGCUGUUGAUGUGCUUGCAGAGAUGGUUGAGAAAGAAUGUCGGCCGAAUGAAACUACUUACAUCCUACUGAUCGAAGGCAUAGGCUAUGCCGGAUGGAGAGCGGAGGCUAUGGAAUUGGCGAACGCACUCAUCGCUAGAGGUGUUAUCUCCAAUGAUGCUCUCAAACGCUUGAAACGGACUUUCCCGAUGCUUGAUCUGUAUAAAGAUUUUUCUCUUCCUGGUAAGGAGAAAUAGCUUGUGACUCUAUAUGGAUUUCAAUCCAAUCUUCAAUCUUCUUGUGUGCCACCUACGCAGCACAUGCCGGCUUAGCACACGUGGUACAUCCAAGCUGCCCAAUGGGCUAGCCAGACUCAUUUUGCAGACGCCCUGGCGCAAGAAAUCUGAUGAGUGGUAGAUUGUGGCCCACCUGAUGAGUGGCCAUCGGCAUGGUGGGUCCCACGUGUGCCACACUGGCAUGUGCAUUGCAGGUGUUCUGGAUGUGACAUAUUGAUAAUGUAGUACUACAUAAUGAUCCUGUGAAAAGUUGUACAGUAUGUAAUUCAUUUGGAAAAUGGACAAACAGAAAGUGGAAGGCCCAUGAAAUUUAUGAAUAUCAAAAUUGAUAUUUUAAGCGGUUA